UUUAGGUGAUAUUAUCAUUGAGCGAUGGAUCCCAUAUGGCGCACAAGCUAAACGAAAAACAAUUGUUCAACGUGCAGCUGCUGCUCAACAAUAUAAGGCUCCACGAAAUAUCAUCAUUCAAUAUGAAAACAUCCAAGCUCGUGUUGUUCGACAAUUUCAACGACUCGGAGUUCAACAAGAAAAUCCACAAUCAUAUAUUCAGCGUUAUGGUGCACAACUGAAGGAUGCUCAAACUUUACUACAAGAAGCAAGAGCAGCGGGCGUUGUCGAAGACAUUUCGCCACCAGGCGCUGGUGUAAGCGGUGCAUUUAAUCAAUCAUCAUCAUCAUUUGGCGCGGAAUUUUCAGGUAGUGCCACACAAGGAGGUGAAUUUUCCUCAUCAGGUGUCGAAUUUGGAGGACAAUCAGGGCUUUCAGGAUUAGGUGGAGACAUUGGAGGAGCAGGUGGAUUUAGCUCCUCAAGUUAUGAACAAUCAUCAUCGUAUGGCACACAAGGUGCCGGUUUAUCUGGAUUUGAAUCAGGAUCCGUUGGAGGACAAGGAACAGCAUCGAGCUAUGAGAAUUAUGGAGCUUCGAGUUCAAAUUUAUCAGGCGGUGAUUUCAGUGGAGCAAAUAUUGGUGGUAUUGGUGGCAGCAGUUUUGGUUCAUCUAGUUAUGAAGGCAGCAGCGGAUAUGCAUCAGGAGCGGGUCAGGGAGCGAGCGGUUUUGAUUUUGCUGCAGCUGCAUUUCAAGCAGCUGAUAAAAAUAGAGAUGGCUCUGUUGAUCCUAAUGAAUUUCGUGACUUUGUCGGUCAAAAUAUCCGGUAA